CAUCAGGACAGCAUGAAGACGGCGGUGGUUUUCACUGCGUUGGCCUUGUUCUGGCAGCACAGUCUGGUUACUGGGCACGCACUGGGACGGCCCUCGCUUCCCAGUAACCUGGACCAGUUAAAGUCGCUGCUGGAGCGGAUCGAGGAGACUCUGGCCAGCGAAGCUCAGGACGAGUCGGAUUACAAGGAGCCGAUCUGGGAAGCGGAUCCGAGCCAGGACGGGAGCCCGGAGCAGCAGAACCGGCCGUCUGAGGCGAGUCAGCGGAACCGGCUGAACGACCUGCUGCUGAGCCUCAGGAAGCGGGCCUCCAGCUGCUUCGGCGCACGCAUGGACCGGAUAGGAAACAUCAGCGGCCUGGGAUGCAACAGCGGCAGAGGGUAGCCGGACGGACCGUUGGAUCAUUCUGAGCCUGAAGCCCUGAUUGUGUCAUCCUGCUCCGGUGAAAACUGAUUAUUGAUCAUGUAAAUAUGAGUGGUUCAUCAUCUGAAGUGGAAAUUCAUCUGCCAGCAGAAAAACUUACUCUGUGUGUUGUUUUCUAACACAAACAUGUAAAAUUAAAGAUAAAAAAAGAAAAAAAUACUUUUUUAUAUAUAUAAACAUAUAUAAUUCACAUUACAGCUCAGUAAAAAGUUUUCAGAGGUUAAUUUAAUUUAUUAGCUUUAAUGAUGUAUGCAAAAGUAAAAACACUGUUUAUGUAAGAUCUAUUAUAAGAUCUAUAAAUGACACUGAAAUGUUAAACUAAAUGUUUAGAUUAUUUAGCUUACUAAUUAAAUAGUUAGCUGAACAACUUGAUGUUUAGUUUGGAGCUAAAUAUUUAGCUUGGAAAUAAAAUAUUUAGUUUAAAACUGUGACAUUUAUAAAUACAAUUCUGUUAUGACAGACUAAAUAAUUUGUGAGCUAAAUAUUUAAUUAAAAAGCUAAAUAAGCUUUGUAACAUUUAAUUAGAAAACUAAAUUAUCUAAAUAUGUAGUUUAGCUUACCUAGCUCACUAAAUAAUUUAAACUAAAUUGUUUAUUUAGCUACAAUUGUGUUUACAAACAAAAAUAAUUUGUAAACAAUUUUCAGUAUAAAAACUAAAAAUAUUUAGUUUCUCCACUGUACAGAGUAACUAAAUAUUUAAUUGUAAAUAUUUACAACUAUUUAGUUUGUGAAUAUUUCAUUUAAAAACUAAAUAUUUUGCUUAUUCAACUUUCUAAUUAAAUAUUUACUUUUAAAUUGCCAUUUACGACUGAAAUUUUGUUAUUUCAGACUAAAUGACCCCAAAUUAUUGCUUUUAGUCUUUGACUUUAUAACUUAACAAACACCAAUCCAACCACUUUCACUGCCAGUCCCGCCAAAAUAAAAGUCCUGGUAUAUUUCCAAAGAGCCGGGGGGGCGGAGCUUGUUUUGGUUUUCAUAUUAUAAUUUAUUGAAUAUUUGGAAAUGUCUUCAGCUUUAAUGGAUAUGUUACAUAAACCUCCCAGUAAUGUUAAAAUUGACAUUAAAUCUCCAUUUGUCCAAAUUAAUACACAUUUUUAAAGAAUGUUCUAAUUUUUUAUUACUGUAUGUGAUGUAAUAUAUUACAUAGUUUUAUUAUCCUCAGCUGACUGAUCUUCAUGUAAAUCUGUUAUUGAUUUUAAUCCACUUUUAUGUUUCUGAUUAAUCUGAAGAUGAGAUCAUUGUAAAAACAAAUUAAAUAAAGUGA